AUGAACACUUCCAUCGUCUCAUGGCUUGUUCUUGCGAUAUCCACCAUCUCCAUCUUCUCCGACGUUGCUGGGGCUUCAGCUCCAGCCCGGUGCCCCAGAGUCGACCCGAGAUCGCUCUUGCUCGAGCUGAGAAACAGCCUUGUCUUCGACGCCUCCGAGUCUUCCAAGCUAGUACAGUGGAACCGAAGCGCCGAUUCAUGGAGCGGCGUGACGUGUGAGGACGAGCUCAUCGUCGGUCUCGAUUUGAGCAACGAGUCGAUCUCUGGCGGAAUCGACGGUUCGUCGAGCCUCUUCAAGCUCGAGUUCCUUCGGAGCUUGAAUUUGGCAUUCAACGACUUGUACUCCUCGGCAAUUCCUUCGGGCCUCACGAAUUUCAGCCACUUGACACAUCUCAACUUGUCCAAUGCCGAAUUCGACGGGCAGAGUCCGGCGGAGCUAUCGCACCUGACGAAGCUACGCACUCUUGAUCUCACUCAUAGUAGGGGCAAUUAUCCGGCUUUGCUAUUCCCUGAGGAGCCCUUUUUGAGGUCGCUGAUUGGGGAUUUGGGGGAGUUGAGAGAGCUGUACCUUGAUGGGAUCGAUGUGUCUACUGAGGGAAGUGAGUGGUGUGACGCGUUGUCUUCUUCAAUGCCGAAACUUGAGGUGUUGAGCAUGUCUGGCUGUUCUCUGUCUGGCCCUAUCGGCGCUUCUCUCAUGAGUCUGGCUAAUCUGUCGGUCAUCCAACUCGAUCACAACGUCUUGUCCACCACAGUUCCUCGUUUCUUAGCGAAUUUUUCCAGCUUGAAGACACUGAGCCUAAGUGAUUGUGGCCUGCAAGGAGAAUUUCCUCAAGAAGUCUUCCAGGUAAAAACACUUCAGACCCUUGACCUAUCAUCUAGCCGACUUCUUCAAGGUUCUUUGCCAAUAUUUCCGGAGAAUAGUUCUCUUCAGACACUGGUUCUGAGUGGCUCGAAUAUUUCCGAGAGCCUCCCAGAUUCAAUUGGUAAUCUCAGGAAUCUGUCCAGAAUAGAAUUGGCGGAUUGUAGCUUUUAUGGAAAUAUCCCAAGCUCUCUCACCAAUCUCUCGAGACUGUCUUAUUUGGACUUGUCAUUCAACAAUUUUACUGGUUCUAUUCCAUCACUCAGCAAAUCCAAGAAUCUGACACAUAUCAUUUUGUACUACAAUAAUCUAACUGGUCCGAUUGAUUCAACAGCAUGGGAAUCCCUCUUGAGUCUUCUUAUUCUCCACCUGGGAUUCAAUUUACUUGAAGGAAAUAUUCCUUCAUCUCUGUUUACACAUCCAUCGAUUCAGGAGCUUCAACUUUCCGACAACCGAUUUUCUGGUCAAUUGAAGGGAUUUUUUAAUGCUCCAUCGCAAAUGCUGAAUACACUUGAUUUGAGCAACAACAAUAUAGGAGGUGAACUACCGACGUCUAUAUGGGAACUCCGAGGGCUCAAUGUCCUCUCACUUUCUUCCAAUAAUUUUAGUGGCUCAUUUCAUAUUAAUUUGGUUCAGCAGCUGAGAAAUCUUGGGGAUUUGGAUCUUUCCUACAAUCAUUUUUCCAUUGAUGCCACAAAUACGGCUUCCCAGGCCACUUCAUUUCCUGACCUUCAAUACUUAAAUUUGGCUUCCUGCUAG